CUGGUAGAGGGGUUUAUAUACUUUGCCCAUAUCGACAGUCUGGGCCCUGGUUGAGGCAACAGCAAAUUCUCUCCCCUCCAAAAUGGCCACCGAAUCAGCACCACUAGAGCUUUACACCAAGGUCAGCUCGGAGAAAGGUCUCGAGUCAGUGACCAGCUUGAUAGUCGGAAAAGAAGCUUCCGUCAUCAUUGACCCUCCUCUGCUAAUUCCAGACUCCAAGGCCGUCGUCGAAUUUACAAAGGCCAAAACUUCGAAGCCGGUGGUGGCUGUUUUUGCAACCCACCACCAUCCGGACCACUAUUUCUCCGCAAACCCAAUCCUUGAUGAAUGGCCGCUGGCCAAGUUCUACGCACAUUCGUAUGUGCGGGAGGCAAUCGACCGCGAAUAUGACGAAAAGGUCGAAUUCUGGCCUUCCAUCUUUGGAGAUGUUGUACCACGCAAUCCAAAACGACCUGAAGUCUACAACUACUCCUUUUUCCUACUGCCUGGAAAUGAGGAUCGUCCAGUGAUCCUUCUCGGACCAGUGCAAGGUGACUCUGUGGAUCACACCUUGUUCUGGUUACCGCGGGAAAGAGUGGUCAUAACGGGUGACGCCAUGUAUGCUCACUCGUAUCAUGCAUGGGUGGAAGAGAUCGAGACUCCGGCGAUCUUGCAUGCUUGGAGGUUGACCCUACAACUGAUCGAGGGACUCAACCCUGUCAAGAUCAUCACCGGACAUAUCCAGGCGGGGCAGGAAUUUGACAAAGAGAAAGAUCUCGCCCAUAUGCACAAGUAUCUCAAUCUGUUUGAGCAGAAGAUCACGAACGCCAAAGAGGAGCUACAAAUUCAAGAUAUCUACGACACUUUCAAGAAUGCAUUCCCCCAGUGUACAAAGAACCACGACUUCUUUUUGGGCCAUCUGAGCAAUCAGUAUGGGGCGGGUGGCAAGAAAUGGGAAGAGAAUAGACAUCACCGUGUGGCCGAGAGGACUCGAGAGACUCUUGAAGGAUUUUUGCUGCAAUCAAAUCCACGAAAAGUUUGAUGUCCCUGGCAGUCGGAACUCAGAAGUGGGCUGCUGUUAUCUUUGCUGUCUUGCUCUAUAAUGGAGGUUUUAGCUGCAGCUCGAGAAGUUGAAGGUUGAAGCAGUUACUCACAAUAGCAUAAAGUUGCUAGUAGAAGACAGAGUAUAUAGGUAGCCUGCUAGGUGAGAGAGCACAUGGAAUAAAUUGAUUCGUCACA